CCACCUCCCGCUUGCUCGCUUCGCUUCCAUUCAUUUCGCGCACAAACGCACCGCACGCGCACGGUCACGGUGAGUGGGGGAGAAGGAAGGAGGACGGUCGAGAGGAUUCUGGUGGCGGCUGCGAGGAGGCGAUGGGGUGCGCGCGGACGGUGAAGGCCGGGGCCGCGGCCGCGGCGGCCGUGCUGGUGGCCGCCGGGGUGAGGCUGGUGGGGCCGGCGGCGGCGGGGUUCGUGGCGGAGGAGAUCCCGCGCGCGCAGGCGGCGGCCGCCACCUGGCUCACGCCGCCCUACCUGUACCUCGUCAUCAACGCCAUCAUCAUCUCCAUCGCCGCGUCCUCCAAGUUCCAGACCAGCCGCGCGUCGGGCUCCCACGCCGCUGUGGGGACGGAGCCGGUUCCAGUGCCUUCGCCGGCUCUGGCGAUGCCGAUGGAGUUGCCUGCACCCGCAGUGGCCAUGGCGAUGGCGGUGCCCGUUCCGGUGGCACGUGUUCCUGAGGACGUGCCGGUCGUCAAGACGCCCCCUGCGCCGGUGCCGGCGCCGGAGAUGGCGGAGGAGGAGGACUUCCUGAUUUCAAGAUCUGCAUGGACGCCGCAGCGAAGGGUCACGGAGGCGGAGGUUGAGGUGGCGCCGUUCGCGGACCUGACGAACAAGAGGGAGAAGCCGCUGUCGUCUGCGCGGUUCGGCCGGAAGGCGGCCAAGCCCAGCCCAGAAGGCAGCAGGGCGCUGCGUGUGUCGCGGCCGCGGAGGGAGGACACUCUGGAGAGCACGUGGAAGGCCAUCACGGAGGGGCGAGCGCCGCCGCUGGCGCGACACCUCAAGAAGUCGGACACCUUCGACACCCGCCCGGGCCGUCGCCCGUCCGGCGGCGGCGAGGAGGUGGUGCCCCCCGCGGCGACGAUGCGCAAGGCCGAGACGUUCAACGACCCUGCCAUCGCCAUGGGCGGCGCAGGCGAGAGGAAGGUGCGGCGCGAGCCGUCGCUGGGGCAGGACGAGCUGAACCGGCGCGUGGAGGCCUUCAUCAACAAGUUCAACAUGGAGAUGCGGCUGCAGCGGCAGGAGUCGCUGAAGCACUACAGCGAGAUGGUCGGCAGCGGCGGCGGUCGUUACUGAAGCGAGUUCCUCCCAGGAACUGAACUCGGGAUGAGAACAGCAAAGCAAGUUACUUCUUUUUUUGUUGGUGUGCCGCUCGUUUUUGGCUCUGGUUUCCGUUUCUCCUCUGUAAGAAAUGGUUCUGUCAAUAACUCCUAGUAGUAGUAGUAAGAAGGUGAUAGCGAUAGUAGUUUUGCACAAGGGAGUCAAGUUGAUAUGGGGAUGAUGCAGAUUAGUGAGGGCCUGGAGACCCCAAUUUCUUUUGGGAGCCGGGCAUGUGUAUUAAGUCUUUUGCUUACUAAGCUGUUUCAUGGCA